GGCGAUGUGUGUGUGACCCGCAGGAGGAACAGGCCCUUCGUCAGAUGCGGGGUGGGGGUGCAUGCUCCGCUGUGGACAGAUGAUCCUAGCGCAGGCGUUGGUCUGCAGACACCUGGGACGAGACUGGCGGUGGGAUCCAGAGAAACAUCAGCCCAAAGAGUAUCACCGUAUCCUGAGCUGCUUCCUGGACAAGAAGGACAGCUGCUACUCCAUCCAUCAGAUGGCUCAGAUGGGCGUUGGCGAGGGCAAGUCUGUGGGAGAAUGGUAUGGACCGAACACAGUGGCGCAAGUACUCAAGAAACUGGCCCUGUUUGAUGACUGGAAUACUCUGGCUGUGUACGUGUCAAUGGACAACACAGUCGUGAUUGAAGACAUCAAGAAGCAGUGUCAGCAGCCGCGCCGGGAGUUCAGGCCCAGGCCCGGUCCCUGUGAUCGGGAAGAGGAGUCAGAGGCUCUUCAUCUUCACACACAACGGCCCCUGGACUGGAGGCCCCUGCUCCUGGUCAUUCCUCUGCGAAUGGGCAUCAACAGCAUCAACCCCGUCUACAUUCAGGCAUUCAAAGAGUGUUUCAAGAUGCCUCAGUCAUGUGGUGUUUUGGGAGGAAAGCCCAACCUGGCCUUUUAUUUUAUUGGAUUUAUUGAUGACGAGUUGAUCUAUCUGGACCCUCACACUACGCAGCAGGCCGUGGACUCUGAAUCAGGCAGUGCUGUGGACGACCAGAGCUACCACUGUCAGAGGACCCCUCACCGCAUGAAGAUCACCAGCCUGGACCCUUCGGUUGCACUGGGUUUCUUCUGCAAGAGCGAGGAGGACUUCGACAGCUGGUGUGAUCUGGUUCAGCAGGAGCUGCUCAAGAAAAGAAACCUGCGCAUGUUCGAGCUGGUGGAGAAACAUCCCUCUCACUGGCCUCCGUUUGUUCCUCCCACCAAACCAGACGUGCAGACCACAGGAGCAGAGUUCAUCGAGUCUCCAGACAAGCUUUUCGAGUCGGAAGAGGAGUUUGAGAUCCUGAACGUGUGAUCCUGGGCCGGUCUCUCCGCUCCACAAGUGCCUCAGAUCAACACACACAGCACAAAACACGAGCUCGUGCUUCUAUCUGUGGACACAGGAGAAAACAACAAGCCAGGGAUCCCGUCGCAUCUGUGUGUGUGUGUGUGUGUGUGUGACGUGUGCCUCACUCACAGGCCUGUGUCGAACUGCAGAAACUGAGAGCUUGACCAGUUGCAUGAACUUUCUCGUAUACUGUAUGAUGGAGUGGUGAAGGCUCUCAUGAGGAUGAUAUCUGUAACACACAAACACAAACACUCUUACCUCCUGACCGCAGGAGAUCGACCAUAUGCAGAAUAACACUCAAUCUCUCAUUCAGUGUUAUAUAAGAAACCUUACUGGUUAAAAAAAGUGCCUCUAAUUGACAUAUUUAUGUUUUUGACUGGUAAAGGUGAUGUUUUCUGUCCUUUUUAAUGGGUUAAUUAUGUCACCCACCCCUGCACAUCUGUAAAUAUGGCUUCAAAUGAAGAUAUUUAAAUAUGUUAUCGUGUUUUGGAUUGGUCCUAUCACUUUUUUUAGAACAAAUAAACUACCUAAUUACGUAUG